AUGUACUACCAACAGCAGGAACGGUGCACAGAGGGGGUGCUUGGAGGAGACGUGGUGCUGGCGUUAGUAGACCAGAAAGGCAGCGAUGCUAUCGUCAGAUUGCCUAGACGUACAUACAUCUCUCGGUGGGUUAGCUGCAACGAGGGCACAUGGCAAGGCCCUGGUCGUGUCCGAGCGCAUGCAGUUGGGCACUUUGACAUGCAUUGCAGCAACAGGCGAGAAACAGGGAAGCAGCGUCAUUGCCCGGAAUUGGAGGGCCCUGACUGGGGCCAUGGGCGCAGAAGAGAGCAUGAGUGUGGUCACGGAGCAGCAGCGCAAUCAGGGUGCAGACGAGGGCGUCAUUUGAUAGGAUGGGGGGGCAGCAGCGCGAUGCGAGGGCAGCUGAGGGUAGACGAGAAGGUAGACGAGAAGCGAUAUAGAAGCAUGUGGCCAGAGUGUAGGCACGCUGGCGGGCGCGGAAGGCGCCACUGGGUGGAUGUGAUCAAGUCAGCUACGGCGGCGGCUGAGGGCGGCGAAGGCGGCGGCGGCGGCGACGACGACAAUAACAGCAGCAAUGCGCAUGGUGGUAGAGAAGGUGGGUGCAACAGAGUCGGUGGACGAGCAGCAGUGCCGUGGUUGUAA